AUGGGGGUCAAACAGGCAACUCUUCUUUCCACUCUCUUUUCCGCGGUCAUUGCUAGCCCUGCUCAGCAGGUCUCCAGCAUUCAACAUGUACCCUCGACGCCUUCUUACCUGACUCCCGCAAUCGACACGGCAAAAUGGAACGCUGCGACCGAGCAAGCAAACGCUCUCAUAGAGCAAAUGAACCUGACUGAGAAGUCUACCAUUGUCACUGGAAACUUGGGAGUCGGCUGCAUUGGCAAUGUUAAGCCCAUUGAGCGCAUUGGCUUCCCGGGACUGUGCAUGCUCGACGGACCGACUGCAGUGCACACCGGAGAUCUGGCCAGUGUGUUCCCGGCGGGAGUAACAGUGGCGUCUGCCUGGGACAAGGAUCUUUUCUAUCAGAGAGGGUUCCUACUUGCGACCGAAUUCCGAGGAAAGGGCGCAAAUGUUUUUUUGGGGCCCGUUGCUGGACCGUUGGGUCGGAACCCCCUAGGUGGACGCAACUGGGAAGGCUUCUCGCCUGACCCGUAUCUCACAGGAAUUGCCAUGGAUCUCACUAUCCGUGGAAACCAGGAUGCAGGUGUGCAGGUGUCCGCAAAGCACUACGUUGGUAAUGAGCAGGAGACUCAGCGUUCCAAUACUCCUCACGACGGCAAACCCGUGGACGGAAUAUCGUCCAAUAUUGAUGACAGAACGAUGCAUGAGCUGUAUGUCUGGCCUUUUGCUCAUGCAGUUCGAGCCGGGGCAUCGUCGAUCAUGUGCAGCUAUAACCGGCUGAACUUCACAUAUACUUGCGAGAAUCCCAGAGCCUUGAACCAGAUUCUGAAGCAGGAGCUGGGAUUCGAUGGAUACGUUGUCUCGGAUUGGUUCGCUACUCACUCCGGAGUCAAAGCCAUUACUGCCGGAUUGGACAUGACUAUGCCGGGUCCGAUUGAUCCGUCAGAUUUCAGUAAAUCCUACUUCGGGGGAAAUCUCACCGCGGCUGUCAAGAACGGGACCGUUUCCGAGACACGGGUGAACGAUAUGGUUAAACGGGUCUUGACGCCGUAUUUCUAUCUCGGCCAGGAUAAGGACUACCCUACGCCCGACCCAUCAGUUGCAGGGGUGAUGGCGCAGACAUAUGGCCGAGACUUCCCAGACAGUCCACAAGGCAGAGACGUCCGAGGUGAUCAUGCAAAAUUCAUCCGUCAAACGGCCGCGGAGGCUACCGUGCUCCUGAAGAACACCAACUCUUUAUUACCGCUCAAGAAACCCAUGCCUUCGGUGAUCGGGGUAUUCGGAAACGAUGCCGCAGAUCUGACCCAAGGUAUGGUGUACGACGGACCUCGCCUUGACGUUCCUGAUUUCGGAUUCGACAUCGGAACUUUAGUGAUUGGCGGAGGUUCAGGCGGUGGUCGAAACAGCUAUAUCGUCAGCCCUCUGGAGGCGAUGAAAGCUCGAGCCAAGAAACACGAUUGUCGGCUGCAAUAUAUCACCGACAACGCGGUGAUCGCCAAGAAUGAUUUCGUGGGCAUCUACCCCAUCCCGGAUGUUUGUCUCGUCUUCCUCAAGACGUGGGCUCGAGAAGCGGUUGAUCGGCUGGCGUUCGAAGCCGAUCAUAACUCCACUCAGGUCGUGAACAACGUUGCCAGGAAAUGCAACCAGACCGUGGUCAUCACGCAUUCUGCCGGCAUCAACACUAUGCCAUGGGCUAAUAACCCGAAUGUCAGUGCCAUCCUGGUGGCACACUACCCGGGCCAAGAGACGGGCAAUAGCAUCGCCGAUGUCAUAUUCGGAGACGUGAACCCAUCCGGAAGACUCCCGUACACCAUCGCCAAGAAAGAAGAAGAUUACAACACGGGUAUCUUUAACCUCACCGGGCCUUCGCGGACGGAUUCCUCUGCCUGGAAGGUUGACUUUGACGAGGGACUGUUCAUCGACUACCGACACUUUGAUCGGAAGAACGUCACUCCGCUCUAUGAAUUCGGAUACGGUCUGAGCUACACCACUUUCGAUUUUUCCAAGAAGGCUUCCUUAUCCAAGAAAAAGCUCAACAUUCCCCAGCUUCCACCCAAAGCCAGUCAGAACCGCCCGGGCGGGAACCCAGAGCUAUGGAAGGAAGUGCUCCGCGCGAGCACCUCUGUGAAGAACACGGGAUCCAUCUCCGGAGCGACAGUGGCCCAGCUGUAUCUUGCCUUUCCGCAAGACUCGGUCCCAGCGGGAACGCCUAAACGGGUUCUGCGAGGAUUCGAGAAAGUUCGCCUGCGCCCGGGAGAGAGCAAGAAGGUUAGCUUCCCGCUGACUCGGCGGGAUCUCAGUUAUUGGGAUGUCACUGCUCAGGAAUGGAGGAUGCCGAGGGGAGAGUUCACUGUUCAUAUUGGGUUCAGUUCGAGGGAUCUGCCGCAGGAAGUUGGUUUCCGGGUUGGAUAG